AUGGGCCUCUGCAGUGUGCUCUUGCUCGGUCUGCUCUCGCUCCUCCAAUCCUGGCAGAGCUCCUGUCAUCCUCAGUGUUUAGACUACAAGCCCCCGUUUGGACCGCGGCAGCCCCUGGUCUUCUGCAAGGAGUACUCAAAGUUUGGGUGCUGUGACCUGGACAAAGAUGAGGCCAUAUCGGUCAAGUUCCACAACAUCAUGGCCAGCUUCGACCAUUCAGGCUUUGUGACCUGUGGCAAAUACAUACGCAGCAUCCUCUGUCAGGAGUGCUCUCCUUAUGCUGCACACCUGUUCGAUGCAGAGGAUGCUAACACCGCCAUGCGACUGCUGCCUGGUUUGUGCAAGGACUACUGUCUGGAUUAUUGGCAGCAGUGUCGAUACACGCUGAGCCUGCUUCUGGAGGACCAGAGGAACGCACAGCAGGUCUACAACAUGACUUCUGCGCUGGAGGAGGACAGCAAACUCUUCUGUGACUUUCUAGAACUUAAAGACCGACAGUACUGCUACCCCAACGUCCUGAGCAACGAAGAGUUGAACGCGAACCUGGGCUCUGUGCGGGAGGACCCUAAAGGCUGUCUGGAGCUGUGCUUGGAAGAGGUAGCCAACGGGCUACGGAACCCUGUGGCGAUGAUCCAUGCAGACGACGGCUCUCAUCGCUUCUUUGUGGCCGAGCAGCUGGGCUACGUAUGGGUCUAUCUGCCCAACGGCUCCCGCAUUGACCGGCCCUUCCUCAACCUGACCGAGGCGGUGCUCACCUCCCCCUGGGCUGGAGACGAGAGGGGCUUUCUCUGCAUCGCGCUGCACCCCAGGUUUAGCACAGUGAAGAAAGCCUAUGUCUACUACUCUGUGUCAGAAAAAAAGGAGGAGAAAAUCAGAAUCAGUGAGUUCACGCUUUCAGUCCACGAUGACAACCAGCUGGACCACUCUUCCGAGAGGACUAUUCUUGAGGUGGUGGAGCCCGCAUCCAAUCACAACGGUGGUCAGCUUCUGUUCGGUCACGAUGGUUACCUGUAUAUCUUUAUCGGUGAUGGUGGCCGGGCUGGUGACCCCUUUGGAAAGUUUGGCAAUUCUCAAAACAAGUCGACUCUUCUCGGCAAAGUGCUGAGGAUUGAUGUGGACAACAAUGAUGACGGAGCUCCUUACAGCAUCCCAUCUGACAACCCUUUUGUGAGGGAAAAACACUCCCGACCAGAGAUUUAUGCGUACGGUGUUCGUAAUAUGUGGCGUUGUUCAAUUGACCGCGGUGACCCCAUGACCCGCAGUGGUAGAGGCCGCAUGUUCUGUGGAGAUGUUGGACAGAACAAAUACGAGGAAGUGGACAUCAUCGAAAAAGGAGGGAACUAUGGCUGGAGAGCAAAGGAAGGCUUCAGCUGUUACGACCGCAAACUCUGUCAAAACUCAUCUCUGGAUGACAUACUACCUAUUUUUGCCUACCCGCACAAGCUGGGUAAGUCUGUGACAGGAGGGUACAUCUACAGGGGCUGCCAGAUGCCAAAUCUCAACGGACUUUACAUUUUUGGAGACUUCAUGAGUGGACGCCUGAUGUCUUUGAAGGAAAAUGCCCUGACUGGAGAAUGGCAGUAUAAUGAGAUCUGCAUGGGGCGAGGUCAGACAUGUCGCUUCCCCAAACUCAUCGACAGCUACUAUAAGUACAUCAUCUCUUUUGCUGAGGAUGAAGCAGGGGAAUUAUACUUUCUGGCCACAGGAUCUCCCAGUGCCACAGCCAGAGCAGGAGUCAUAUAUAAAGUAGUGGACCCCUCCAGGCGUGCACCUCCAGGAAAGUGCAGUGUAAAGCCUUCUCCUGUUAAAAUAAAAGGAAAACUCAUCCAUUUCCAUCCUAAAGAAGAGUUUGUAAUUGACAAGAAGCUGACCACAACUCCUGUCCCCACCACAACAACUCGGACAACAACCACCACGAGAAGACCACUCCCUCCACUGAAGCCCCCCAUCUUCAAACCCACUCCUCCACGCAGGAAAAGCAAAUCCACUACUACCCCAACUACGACCAGGGCUCAGACCAAGAUUCCAACCCGAAAUCCCACCAGCACCCCAGUACCGACCACCGUGGCCUCCAGCACAACCCCUGAAAGGCCCCUACCCACCCUCACGUCCCCUGUCAGGACCACCGCUCAGGCCUCAGACAGGGCAGGUCCCAGCACAACACGGGGCGGAGGUAUGUUGACCACACCCUCACCUAGGACUAGUGUCCCCAUCUCCACACCUCUGUCUGGGACCUCCCCACGGCUGCCAUAUUGGAACCCUAAACCAACAUCAACUUUGCACAAAACUACAAGAACUUCAACAAACAGCAUCCAAAUAUCAACCAGAGAAGACAAGGUACGACUUGGGGAGAAACUCACCAACACUCGGGAGAGCAACCGGAUCCACAAAAAGCACCGGCGCAAAGGAAGGAAGAGGGGUAAGAAACUGCGGGCUGGUUCUGUGCGUCUCAUAGGUCCAGAUGGACUCUCCGGUCGCGGCAGAGUGGAGAUCUACAUCCGUGGAGAGUGGGGGUCUGUGUGUGACGACCUGUUCAGCAGGACUGCUGGUACCGUAGUGUGCAAGCAGCUGGGAUACAACAGUGCUCUGGCCGUCAUGAAGAGAGCCAUCCUGGGAGCUGCCGACGAUAAUGUGAAGAUCCUAUUAGACAAUGUGGAGUGUACGGGCACAGAGGACUCACUGCUGGAGUGCAAGAGGUCUAAAGUAGGAGUGCAUAACUGCUCCCACAAAGAGGAUGUGGGGGUCAUCUGUGGCAAUUAG